AUGACUGAAGAAUAUCAAACAACAAAAGCACUUAUCCCUUUGCAAAAACCACAUAAAUCUGCAUCAAAGACAAAUUCAGAACCUGUAACAAAUAAUAAAUUAUUUGGCACAGGUUUGUUGAAUAUCGAUGAAAAAGAUCUGAGAGAACAUUUUGCACAAUUUGGUUCCAUUAAAGACGUUAUUAUUAUAAAAGAUCGAGCAGGUCGAUCAAGAACAUUCGGCUUUGUAACUUAUGAAAGUUCUCAAUCUAUCCACAAAUGUCUGAAAAAAACACAUAAAAUUAAUGGUAAACAAGUGCAUAAACUAUAA